AUGGGCAAACGGUGUGCGAAGGACACCACGGCUCAUGCCAAAAUAGGCAAUGGAGGCACUGCGGUUGCGCAAGCCCAUGACUGUUUGUUUUUUGCACGGAGGAAGUUUGACGCACCGUUUAUUCAUGGUGUUGUGCCUGGUCAUGCUUGUUUGGUUUCCUCUUCCUCGUCGCUUGAGAAGCUUGAUCACGUUCACUGUCAUGAUCGGUAUUAUACUAAUUCUCCGCUCCAAACUUCUAUUCUCUCACAUACUGCUGCAUCACACACGCACACUAUGCCCGCCAUGUCCGCCAUGGUCACACUUCAACACACCACGGAUUACAACAUCGCUUACCUGCCCCCGGGCUUCAAGGUGCUCCUGCUCAUCAGCCUAGCGACCGUGGCGCUGGCUUCGUGUUGGGCUGUGUUGGUGCUGCUUGUGAAUUUUCCGCCAGGCGGGUGGGGAAUUUGGCGAUGGAGAGGGUGGGGUAGGAAGAGGGAGGAUAGGCCGGCUGAUAAGCCAAGUCGGUAUGGGAGGGUGGGUGUGGUGGGGAGGAGGGGGGAUGGGUGUGAGGGGGGUUUGGAGAUGAGACGGCGGUCUCGUUGGGAUGAUGGAGGUCUGGCUGCUUCUUCUCCUUCGGUGUCGUCCUCCUCCUCCGAGAAGAAUCGCAGUUCCAGGCGUAUUCCUACAAACGACAAGCAGCAGCGCAACCCACCCUCGUCAAAGGCACCGCCAUCAUCAUCGUAUUCCCAACCGUCCCUCAUGACCCGCCGCUCCAACACCAUGGCUCCCCGAUCCCCCCCUCGCUCCACAUCAACAAUAUCCAGUCCUCCAAACCCCUUCCUCAAACCGCCCGUAUCUGGUUCCCUUGCAACGCACACAUACAACCCCGAACCCCUCGUCCCACGCACAAGCCGGGAAUGGCUCGCUGAACGCGCCGCUUUCUUCUCCUGUUAUUCGUCAUCCACCUCACAUGUCUCUUGCGGUACACCCUACGCCCCCGCCACAUCUUCAGGUGUAUUCUCAACUUCGCCGUCGAGUUCAACACACACUUUACCCCUGAACGCACUCGAAGCCCUGGAGUCGGGCACCGCGCCGCUGCUCACACGCACGCCGUCGUAUAGUAGUACCAGGUCUGCGGCGUCUGGGGAUGGGGUGGGCGAUAAGGGUGUGCUGGAGCGGAGCUUGAGUUGGGUGGAUGAGGGGUUGGGGAUGUUGGAUGGGGUUGUUGAGAGGGUGGCGGGGGGGCUGGCAAGGUGGGCGGUUGAGGGGGAUGGGGGAGUGGAGUUGGGGUUGCCGGUCGCGAGGGAGAGGAGGAGGGAGAGGGAGAGGGAUGUUGUUGGGUGA